UAUGUCUCCAGAGUAUGCGAUGCGUGGACUAUUUUCAGUGAAGUCAGAUGUAUACAGCUUUGGGGUUUUGCUACUAGAGAUUAUUUCUGGCGAAAGGAAUAGUACUUAUUUUCACGAUGAUCCCUCCUCAAACUUGAUUGGGCAUGUUUGGGAGUUAUGGAAAGAAGGCAAAGCCAUGGAAAUAGUUGAUUCAUCACUGGUUGACAAAACCCUUGAUAAUGAAGUUGCAAGAUGCAUUCAAAUUGGGCUUUUGUACAUGCAAGAAUAUGCAACAGAUCGGCCGAACAUGUCAACAGUCGUUGCAAUGUUGGGUAAUGACACACCUCUUCCUUCUCCACAACAACCUGCAUUUGCUUUGAAGGGUAGUAUCCAUGGGAAAGACACAUCAACUAGCGAAGGAGCCAUUUCUAUUAAUGAAGUAACAGUUUCUUUGAUUCACGGUCGUUAAAGUCGAAUUCUGUUCGGUGCAAUGUAUUGAUAUGAAGUUAGUGUUAGUAGGGUCUUUUUUUUU